UCAAGACUCUCGAUUAUAUAACCUGUGAUCUUCAUCUCUCUCAUAAUUAUGCUACAAAUUUCGCUAAUAACAUUGAUCUGAAUCCAUCAAAUUCUUCAAUACCAAGUCGAAGUCGUGGUUGUGGUUGUGGUCACAGUCACGGUCAUGGAGGAUUUGAGAAAAACAUGAAAAAAGCUGACGGUCAAUUAUUCACACUACUUUAUAUUUGUUAUUAUCGUAUUAUUAUUGGUUAUGUUAUAUUACCUGUGAUAAAAUUUGCUAAACAUUAA